UAUUCCCAGCAGUGCCAGGGCAGGGAGUUAAGACUGGGGCUCUCCCCAGGGAUGCUGCAGAUGCACUCAGCAGGAAUUGAGCCUUGGAAAAUUCAGGAAAUCCUUCGUGGAAGCCUCAAAGUUGGGAUGGAUUUGGGAUGAGGACAUAAAAUAUCCCUCCUGCUGCGACAUCGGUGGGGAUUGUCGGCCGCCGCAUGAGCAGCUCCUGGCCGGGCCAUGGCCUGGCCUCCAGGGCUCCUGCUGCUCCUGUCCCUGCUCCUGCUGCUCCUGUUGCUGCCCGGCCGCGCUCCGGCCGCGCGGAGCCGCGACUUCACCGCCAAGGACAUCGUCUACCUGCACCCCUCCACCACGCCGUAUCCCCGUGGAUUUAAGUGUUUCACCUGCGAAAAAGCCUCGGAUAAUUACGAGUGCAACCGCUGGGCUCCAGAUGUUUACUGCCCCAGAGGGACCAGGUACUGCCUGAGUCAGCACAUGAUGAAGGCCAGCGGUGAGAGCGUCUCUGUCACCAAGCGCUGCGUGGCCCUGGAGGAGUGCCUGAGCACGGGCUGCACCUACAUCAAACACGAGGAGUACAAGGUGUGCACGUCCUGCUGCGAGGGCAGUAUCUGUAACCUGCCGCUGCCGCGGAACGCCUCCGAUGCCGUGUUCUCCACACUGUCCCCGCUCAGCGCCACACCGCCACUGUCCCCUCCCCUGGGGACACCGCUGGCCAUCGGGCUGGCGCUGCUGGCACAGCGCUGGCUCAUCGCGACAGCGACAGCGACGGGACAGUGACAGCGACAGCAACGGGACAGGGACAGGUACGGGACAGUGGCAACGACAGAGAAGGGACAGUAACAACAGGGACAGUGACAACGACAGGACAAGGGACAGUGAUAGUGACAGCGACAGUGCCAGGGACAACAACAGGACAUGGACAGGGGUGGUGACAGGACAGGGACAGGACAGGGACAGGGACAGUCCCCGCUGCCCCAGCGGAGCCCGGAGCGCCGCACGCUCCUGAAUUCGCUGCUGGAUUUUGGGAUAAUCCCGAGCGAACCCGCACGCGGCUCCCGCAGACCGAGGGAGCUCACGGGGGGAAUUCCCGGAGCCCCCGCUGAUCCCGGGCCCGUCCUGGAAAAGAACUCGGGCUGGAGGAGCCGCCAAGCCCGGCCUAACUCGGAUAAAGCGCGGCUUAUUUAUUUUUUCUAUUGGAAGUGUCACGUCGCUGCUGGCUCACCGUAUUCCCCUUGGGAACACCCCCUGGCAAUUCCCGGCUCAUUAACUCCUCUGUCUCAUUAACACGCGCUCAUUAACAAAUCCCGGGGGCUGCAGCAUCCCCGCACCUCCCGCUCCUCCGCAGCGAGGAAACGGCGCCGGGAAAAGAGGAGAUUCCUGGAAAAGAGGAAAUUCCUGGGAUGGAGAUCCUGCAAAAAAGGAAAUUCCUGGGAUGGAGAUUCCUGGAAGGAGAUUCCUGGGAUGAGGAAAUUCCUGGGAUGGAGAUUUCUGGAAAAAGGAGAUUCCUGGGAAGAAGGAAAUUCCUGGGAAGGAGGAGAUUCCAUGGAAGGAGAUUUCUGGGAUGGAAGAUUCCUGGAAAGGAAAGGAGGAGAUUCCUGGGAAGGAGGAGAUUCCUGGGAAGGAGGAGAAUCCUGGAAAGGAGAAGAUUCCUGGAAAAAGGAGAUUCCUGGAAUGAGGAAAUACCUGGGAUGGAGGAGAUUUCUAAAAAAGAGGAGAUUCCUGGAAGGAGGAAAUUCCUGGAAAAGAGGAGAUUCCUGGAAGGAAAAGAUUCCUGGGAAGGAAAAGAGGAGAUUCCUGGAAGGAGAAGGUUCCUG